GAAAUGCGGUUAGUUGGAAUUCACGUGUUUGAAUAGCUCGGGCAAGAGGUUCAAGAGCCUGCACUUGUGCUUGAACCCACAGCUAGUACUCUCUAGGGCGCGGAGUUGGAUGGAUCACGGGUAGCCGGUGGUUUUGCUUGUGUCAGUGAUGAACAAUGAAGAUUGUUUGGUGCCACGGACUCUACUAGCAGGACAGAAACUUGCAAUGAGGUGACAACCUACUCAAACCGGUGCUAAAGAGAGGGCAUGAGUGUGGUGUAGGCGGUUUAUUUGGGUGCAGCUGGCUGCGGCGCCACGCCAGACCGGUGAGGUGAGCAGCGUUUGAAGGGUUCACUUCGCUUCUCUCCCAAAACAAGCUUGGCCUCCAGUGGGAAUGUUUGGUUUCCUCGUAGGAACACUAAAUUUGCCGCAAACACUUAAAUUAGUGGUCGUGGGAGAAAAAAUCCCUAAAUGUAGGAAAUUUCCCUACACCUAGUGUAUUUUUCCUCACCCCCUAAAAAAUGAGAUUGCGACGGAUUUCGUGUCCCCCACCCCAAGCCUGCAUUCCCACCGGUCCCCAAGGUUGUUUUGGGGGUGAGGGGGAGUAUGGGCAAACACCAGAAUUUUACGAACAUGAGGAUUAAGGACAACAUUAGGUUACUGUUGUAAUGUUGGCGGCCCUGUGGAGCGUUGCUGCGGCGGCAGACCGGGGCCUGAAACCUCACCACCGAUGAACGGAAACAGGUAAACUUGACAUGGGUAAGCUUGGGUGUGAUUCUGGAAUAUUACCAAGCUGUCACCUCAGCCACAAAAAGCUUGAAACAGGUAAACUUGACAUGGGUAAGCUUGGGUGUGAUUCUGGAAUAUUACCAAGCUGUCACCUCAGCCACAAAAAGCUUGAAACAGGUAAACUUGACAUGGGUAAGCUUGGGUGUGAUUCUGGAAUAUUACCAAGCUGUCACCUCAACCACAAAAAGCUUGAAACAGGUAAACUUGACAUGGGUAAGCUUGGGUGUUAUUCUGGAAUAUUACUGACCCAUCAGGAGGAGAACAGAGGCCCUGAGGAUGUUGCAUCCAACAAACCUCUGAUUAAUAUUGACCAUGACAUGACACAAGAUCAAAGAAAAUAUAGAAAAUCCUUCCUGGAUGAAUCAAAAAACUUGAAUGCCAAGCUGCCAGGGGAUACCCAAUUCAAGUGGGCAGUCAGAGGACCUCCCUGGAACAUGAGGCUACAAAAAGUAACCAAGCAGGCCCAGCCCCAACGUUAAGGGCUGGGGAAUAUAUUGAGGCAGAGAGUUCCGAUGUUCCUAAUCGUAAAAACUUUGGUAUCCAAUAUGCAGUUUCGGGAAGGGCUAGAUGUAAGAAAUGUGGAAACCUUAUAAACAAGGGGGAAGUAAGAUUAUAUAAGCAGCCCUAUAAUUUUAAGUUUAAAUGUUAUCUAAAACAGUACUAUCACACCCUUUGCUUAUUCAAAACCUUUAGCUCUGCCAGGGUCUCCAUAAAUGUUAUUAAUAAUAGUGAUGACAUUGAAGGAUUAAAUGAGAUGAGCCAAACAAUUAAGGAUACAAUUGAAGAAUUGAUUGUUAAGCAUAAACGUAUUGGACUACCAGAUAGACCUGGUAGUUCGAAGCAAAACCUAAGGAACACCAAUUCAGAUAACAAAGGAACUCCGUCCUCAUACCCGGAUUCGCACGCCGCAACCGUCAAUAAAAUCAAAUCUACUCUUCCCGCAAUAACUGUGACUUAUACUAAUGCUGAUGUUCUAACCUCUAACUUAAGGUUAGGAUCCCACAAAUUAAACCACACAUUAUUGCUGUGACAGAGGUGAAACCCAAAAACUAUAGGGAGAAGCUGAAUGAAGAAUUUGCUAUCAGCAACUUUGUAAUGUAUCCUUGCAAUAUGGAAGCCAACGAUGAAAGAAGAAUUAUAAUUUAUAUACAUGACAGUCUUGCCAAAUCUAUCCCAGAUCAGCACUCUGGACUUAACAUCAUUUAGAGAAGUAUCACUUCUUGAAGUAUGUUUAAGGAAGGGGGAUAAAUUACUACUUGGGUGUUUUUAUAGAAGCCCAAACUCUUCUGAUGACAAUAAUGAAGAACUCUGUGAUCUCUUGCGUAACAUCUGUGGCAACUCUUAUUCCCACAUCUGUCUGAUGGGGGACUUCAACACCCCCCAUAUUAAUUGGGAUCUUCAUACCACAUCUCAACCAGAGCAUUCCCAUGAAUCAAUGUUUCUCCAAACUGUUCAGGACUGUUUUCUCUACCAGCACGUAGACCAACCUACCAGAGCGAGAGGAACGAACACUCCUUCAAUUCUGGAUCUAAUCCUUACCAAUGAACAAAAUAUGGUGUCAGACAUUGAGUAUCAUGCACCCCUUGGGGCGAGUGACCAUAAAUUACUGGUAUUUAAGUAUCACUGCUAUUGUGACCGUACCAAUAAUAAGGUGAAAUUAUAUUAUAAGUACAACAAUGGGGACUACGACGGGAUGAGAGCAUCUCUUGCAGGGUCAGAAUGGCUGCUUAUCUUUGAGGAGAUAGUCAACAAUCUUAACAUGGAAGAUACCUGGACUAAUUUAAAACAAAAAAUUCUAGAGCUUAGAGAUGAGUUUGUCCCAACAGCUACAAUUGGAAACAACAACAAAUGGAGGUAUGAAUUUCCUAUAUCCCAAGAACUGAGAGACCUGAUCAAGAAAAAGAAUACAGCAUAUCGUUCUUGGAAUGCACAUCGAUAUCGGGAAGACGCCGAACAAUUUAGACUUCAGUAUGUACGACUAAGAAACCAGUGUCAACAAUCAUGUCGCAAGGCCAAACGUGACCACGAAAAGGGUAUUGCAGAACAAUCCAAGAAUCAACCUAAACUAUUCUGGAAAUAUUCUAAACACAAACUGAAGACAAGAUCGGGUGUGGCACCUCUUUUAGGUGACCCAAAUAAUCCUAACUCCCUGUGCCAUACUGAUACAGGUAACUCUCGAUUUACGCGAGUUUGGUUUACGCGUUUUUGA